AUGUCACGCUCGUUUCGACGCUCGAAUCCCAUUACCAUAAUCCUUGCCGGCAUCCUCUGCAUUGGCUUCUUCGUUUUCUUCUUCUCUGGUAGCGAUGUACCAUCAAUUGCCAGAAAGGCAGGGGGUGAGGUAGCCUCGAACCCGCUCUCCCCACCAUCGCUACCGUUCCGCAAGUCGAAAGCGAACGCUCCACAGGCCGCGCCGCCCGUGGUACAUUACUACAUGAACAACGUGACCAACACGCGCACGCCAAUUGAAAAUGAAGAGACGGUCCUUAUCCUCACACCACUGGCAAAGUUCUACCAAGAGUACUGGGACAACCUCCUUAAGCUCAGCUACCCACACAAUCUCAUUUCACUGGGCUUCAUAAUACCAAAAACAAAGGAAGGCAAUGCCGCAUACGCUGCGUUGCAGGCACAAGUCACCAAGACACAAACAGGAUCCAAGAAGAACCGCUUCGCCGCAAUUACCAUCCUCCGUCAGGACACCGAGUCACCACUUCAGUCGCAGAGCGAGGCCGAGCGUCACAAGAUGGAGAACCAGAAGGCACGACGGGCGGCUAUGGCCAAGGCGCGCAAUUCGCUUUUGUUCACAACCCUGGGUCCCACAACCUCGUGGGUUCUGUGGAUGGAUGCGGACAUUGUCGAGACCCCACCCACCCUCAUCCAAGACCUGGCCGACUACGACGUGCCCAUCAUUGUCCCCAACUGCUUCCAGCGAUACUACAACGAAGAGAAGAAGGCUAUGGAUAUUCGGGAAUACGAUUUCAACAACUGGAUCGACAGCCCUACAGCGAAGGACCUUGCUUCUAAGAUGGGCAAGGACGAUAUUCUGUUGGAAGGUUAUGCCGAGAUGGCUACCUACCGUAGCCUCAUGGCUAAGAUGCACGAUACAUCUGCGGAUCCCAAGGCGAAGAUCAAGCUCGACGGUGUAGGUGGUGCCACUCUACUCGUCAAGGCAGAAGUACACCGAGAUGGCGCCAUGUUCCCGCCGUUCGCCUUCUACCACCUCAUCGAGACGGAGGGUUUCGCCAAGAUGGCGAACCGAUUGAACUGGGAAAGUUUUGGACUGCCAAACUACCUUGUGUACCACUACAAUGAGUAA